AUGAGAGAUACCUUGUUAACCAUAUCCUGCCAAAUUACACCAGUUCGCACAUUAUUUGUGAGUGGACUUCCUGUUGAUGUUAAGCAAAGAGAUUUACAUCUACUCUUUCGUGGACUUCCAGGAUAUUUAGAUUCUAUCUUAAAGACAUCAACCAAGCAACCGGGACACGGAAAUAAAUCUGGGCCCGUUGCAUUCGCUACAUUUGAAACUAGGGAGCUAGCAAAUGAAGCUAAAGCUAUCUUACAGGGAUUCCAAUUCGAUCCAGACGUAACAGAUAGUCAUCUUAGAGUUGAUUUCGCAAAAUCUAAUACGAAGUCAUAUCGAUCUCGCCAUAACAGUUCCAAUGGUCAAAAUGUGAAAAAUACAAUUUAUAACGGCAAUAUCCCUAAUAAAUUAGAGUUGGCUAAUCCAGCCAUACCAAUAUACAGAGAACAUUCGAUAUCUACUAUCGACCUGACUCCGACGUAUUAUCAAAAUAUCAUACCUGAAACCUACGUUAAUCACAUACCAAUUUAUCCAUGUCCUACUGAAAUUCCACAGCCAGCUUGUCAUUCGGCUCCUCCUGUGCUACAGCCUCACAUGCAAAGCUUUCAGCAGCAACUGCCUCAAGUUUGUAGCACGCUUUUUGUUGCUAACUUAGGUCGUAAUAUAACUGAUAAAGAACUACGAGAUAUAUUUGGACGAUGUGUUGGCUUUCGAAGACUACGAAUGCAUAAAAAGCCAGGAUUUCCAACAACCGCGUUUAUAGAGUUUGCUAAUAUCCAGUUUGCAACACAAGCUCUAAAUGCGCUGCAAGGAGCCAUUAUUCAGUCUUCCGAAUGCGGUGGGAUUCGAAUAGAAUAUGCUAGAAAAAAGAUGGGUGAGCCAUCCAUCCACCGCAAUCAUCUUGUGGCUUAG